GAGAUGCACUAGACUGCUAGAGCACCGCCCGUCGCCCCGCGGCGAACUUUUAUCGACCGUCAUGGCGCGCUGCUUAUAGUUGAAAAACUCCCUCAUAUAGCAGGACACCUCGUGAAACAAGGGAACGCCCAGUCUGCUCUCCCUCCCGCUCUCGCCCUGACUCUGUGACGAUGGACGACUCGAGCUCUCUGAAAAGUCUCGCGGCGCUGUUCCCCGAGACGUUGCUUUAUGGCAUGUUCUCCAUGUUGAUCGUGGCGGACGUGUACGUGCUGCGCGCGUCCAAGUUGAAGCAGAGAGCGCACAAGGCUGCGCUUGUAGUGGCGGGUGUUAUGUUUGUUGUUGCCACCAUUCACGUAAUUGCGACGUUCUGCUACGAAUAUUUCCUAGAGAAGUGCAGCAUACUGCAAGCGAACGGGCAACCAUUCGACUAUGCAGCGGACGUCGCGACAGUGAUGACCGAGAUACAGAUCAUUAUGUUUCUGAUACAGAUGCUGCUAGGGGAUGGGUUCAUGCUCUACCGGCUGUGGAAGGUGUGGAAUAGUGCCAAGUUGGUAGUUAUCCCGGCGACGGUGUUGUUCGUGGCCAACGUUGCAUUGGGCCUCGCGAACUUUGUCUUGCUAGGAUGGUUCGAGACUUUUGGCGUCUCGAACGUGGACUGGUAUCCAAGCCACCUCUCGAAAUACGGUGACGGGUUUAGCCUUGCUGUCUUCAUCGUCAGCUAUAUCGUGCAUCUGAGCUGCGCAGUCUUGAUCGCGGCCAAAAUCGUAGUCGUGCACUGGAAGCUGAGGCGUCAUUCGGGCUCCAGCGUCUCCUCAAACACACUGCCCAUCGCAGUGGUCGUGCUUGAAUCAGGGCUGAUAUACUGCCUAUCCCUCCUUUUGCUGAUCAUAACCUGCGUAUGCGCGGUGGAAUAUACCGAGAUUGUCCUAAACGCCAUCGUUCCCCUGAUCGGAAUCACGUUUUCGAUUAUCAUGGUCAGGAUGGGCCUUGGAUUAUCCACGGAAUCAUCCAUAGAACCCAUCGACGGCCGCAACACCGAGGUUACGAUGAUGCGCUUUGCCGAGCCUCCCUCGGUUCCGUACUCUCAAAGGUCUAGCUUUGCGAAAAGCUGGCAGGGUGAUUCCCCGCGACUGAGAGAGAAUGUGUAACUUCGACCUCGAGGUCCGUAAUGAUAUGUAUCGGUGUUGUAUGUAGGCAUCCUUCAUGUGCUAGUGCUGCGCGCCC